AUGAGUUGGCAACUGAACAGCAACCCCAGCGGUUACAAGGGCAACUUCAGUGUGCAUUCUGCAGUGGUGCCAAGGAAGGCGAAGUGUGGUGUGGCCUCUUACCAUGCUCCUGGCCAACGGGGUGGGGCUGGUUUCAGCAGCCGGAGCCUCUACAGUCUUGGAGGGAAUCAGCAUGUUUCCUUCCAUGUGGCCAACAGUGGUAUUUGGGCUGGAGGAUACAGCUCUGAGCAUGGCACUGGGUAUGGAGGCAGCCAGCCCAGAGGCUUUGCUGGUAGCAUGUUUGGCAGCUUGGCCCUGGCACCAGGGUGUCUGUCUGUGUGCCCACCUAGGGGCAUCCACCGAGUCACUGUUAACAAGAACCUCCUGGCUCCCCUCAAUAUGGAGCUGGACCCUGAGAUCCAGAAAGUGCGGGCCCAAGAGCGGGAGCAGAUCAAGUUGCUGAAUGACAAGUUUGCAUCCUUCAUUGACAAGGUGCGCUUCCUGGAGCAGCAGAACCAGGUGCUGCAGACCAAGUGGGAGCUGCUGCAGCAGCUGGACCUGAACAACUGCAGGCAGAACCUGGAGCCCAUUUACGAGGGCCACAUCAGCAGCCUGCGGAAGCAGCUACAGAUGCUGUCUGGGGACAGGGUGAGGCUGGACUCAGAGCUCAGGAGCAUGAGGGACAUGGUGGAGGACUACAAAAAGAGAUACGAGGUGGAGAUUAAUCAGCGCACAGAGGCUGAGAAUGAAUUUGUGGUGCUCAAGAAGGAUACAGAUGCAGCCUACAUAGCCAGGGUGGAGCUUCAGGCCAAGGUGGACUCUCUGGACAAAGACAUGAAGUUCCUCAAGUGUCUGCAUGAUGCGGAGAUUGACCAACUCCAGACUCAUACAAGUGAGACUUCUGUCAUCCUGUCCAUGGACAAUAACCGGGACCUGGACCUGGACAGUAUCAUCACUGAGGUCCGCACCCACUAUGAGGACAUCACCCAGAAGAGCAAGACUGAGGCUGAGGCACUGUACCAGACCAAGAUCCAGGAGCUGCAGCUAGCAGCUGGCCGGCAUGGAGAUGACCUCAAACAUACCAGGAAUAAGAUGUCAGAGCUGAGUCAGCCCAUCCAGAAGAUCCGCUGUGACAUCAUCAGUGUGAAGCGGCAGUGCUCCAAUCUGGAGACAGCUAUUGCUGAUGCUGAGCAGCGAGGGGACAGUGCCCUCAAGGAUGCCUGGACCAAAGUGGAUGAGCUGGAGGGUGCCCUGCGCCAGGCCAAGGAUGAGCUGUCCCGGCUGCUGCGUGAGUACCAGGAGCUCAUGAGCCUGAAGCUGGCCUUGGACGUGGAGAUCGCUACCUACCGCAAGCUGCUGGAGAGUGAGGAGUGCAGGAUGUCCGGUGAGAAUCCAUCCUCUGUGAGAAUCUCUGUCAUUAGCAGCAGUGGCUAUGGCCACCACCCCAGCUCCAGGAGAACCGACCUUGAGGUCAGCAGUGCAGCCAUCAAACAUGGAAGCCCCAGAAGUGGCCAGACCAAGACUCAAGGGGCACAAGCAAAAGACCCCAAGGACUCUCAAGACCGGAGUGUCCCAGCCGCUAGCAGGAGGCUUUGGAAACACAAGUCAUCAUCACCUUCUUAG